AUGAUUCGAAUACACGCUUCAAUCCGAAGCGCUCGUUCGAAAUCCCCAAGGCAUCUGAUAACAGCCCAGCUCCUACUCUCUCACCGACACUCCCACACAGCAUCUUCCCAGACCCCCAUGAAGAUUUCUUCCGCUACACCACGGGCCGCUGGCUCUGGAAUGAGGAAGAGCAGCUCCGCAAGCGCUAUCGACGCUUUAAUGUCGAAGAACUUCAGAAUGCCGCUGCCAGGGCGCUGGGAGGCACAUCCAGAUGCAUCCAAUAAGGUCGUUAUGGCGAGAAUUCCUCAUCCCAAUGCGGGUCCUGCUACGUACGCGACGGCGUCAGACGUGGCGGUGAUGGAGUUUGCGAGGACCGUGCUGGAUAUACCUGUUCCGAAGGUUUUGGAUUGGAACGCGUCGGUGGCCGGGUACCCCGUGGAAGCGGAGUAUGUUCUCACCGAGGCGCCGUCGGAAACGCCUCUGGGAGACUUAUGGUCCAAGAUGAAGCCGUCAGAGAGGAAGAGCAUUAUCGAAGAGGUUGUGGAGUUGGAGCAGAAGCUGCUUUCCGCCGAGCUUAACCUCUCAGGAUCUAUCUACUUUGCGGACAACGGCUUUGCGGGCUCUAAGCCUGCGGAAAUUAUCAGAAAUGCGCCGUCGAGCAUCAGAGACUUGGCCAAAAACCGCUUCGUGAUUGGGCCAAGCGUCCACUGCGAAUUUUGGGAGAGACAGAAUGAUGAAAUGAAUAUAGAUCGUGGACCCUGUGAGAAAAAGGUUCCCGGAGCUAUCGCUCAUCGCGAGAUGGCAUGGAUACCCAAAUAUGGGGAGAAGUAUCCCCAUGACAACCGAUACACAUAUGCACCCAGUCAAUCGUCUCCACAGGAACACAUCGAACUGCUGAAGCGAUAUAUCUCUGUGGUCCCUAUGCUUCUUCCUAAGAGCCCUGAAUUGCUUAGGCCAACUUUGCGGAAUUUAAUCUCAGCGGGCACAGUUUGUUCGUACGGAAUGGAAAAAUCUCGGGCACGCAAGCCGUCGUUAGUGUCACAUAGAGGGGAAGGCAUCAGGGAGCGCCCCGAUAACUUCAACGAGCUCGACGAGCACGAACAAGAGAGGAUAACGGACAAAAUAAAGCGGACUGCUACACAGGAUUCGUAUAUGAUGCAGACUAGUUUGGAGAACCCUCUUCUAUCCCGAGCCCUAGAUGUACCUCAGCGUGAAGUGCUGGGUCACCUAGUUGCCUUUGCCGGUGAUUCUUGGAACGCCGAUCACGGCUUUAUGAAACUUCGAGAAUCUUUGCUGAAAGUUCUAAGACGCUGGGAUCUCUUCCGCAUGGAGGGACCAAAGCCAUAUCGUUUCACGGACGAGGAAUCGAGCAACACAACAAAGGUGGCGAAGGAUUCAACGAGCUCCAGGAUUUCUGGGAUCUACUGGAUGGAGCCGUUGACCGGGAAGGAUUCACGUUCCAUGAAAAUUUCGACGGCGCAAUCGAUUUUUUCUCCGAAAUGCGUGGUGCAUGUGAUGCCGGAAGGCGAGGGAGAGGAUCGCGAAGAAUGGGAGCGCUGGACUCAAUGGGUCGUCGAGCGUAAGAAGGAGAGGGAGGAGAGGAAUAAGUCAGAGUGAUCUCUCUCGCUUCGGCGGCUUUUUUGUUGGCGCCUUACUCCCACCAGGCAAUAGGGACAACGUUUGGUAUGUGUGUAGGUACUCCGUACGUCGUGAUUUUAAAAUAGUCUCGACGCAAUUUCAGCCCAAUCUCAGCUCGAUAUAUUGAUCUUCUUAA